AUGAUCCAACAGUUAAGCACUAGCGUUAACUAUGGAUUUAACGACAUGCGCAACAAUUUUGAAGUGAUGCUGCAAGAAAACAAGAGUUUGAAGGAAGAAGUAGCUCUUCUUAGGCAGCAAGCUACUGUACUCGCAGAAGAAGUAGGUACACUGAAAGCCUCGUUGGAUAGCAUGCCAAGUGCUGAAGGCCCCAUUGAGAUUGCUGCUACCACUGGGCUUUUCGCAGCUAACUUGUUUCCUGGCCGCAACAUCCCCGAGCCUAGAGCCAGAGAUACACGCCCUGGUCGUAAAGAUCGUCCUGCCUCCUUUUCUUGGAAGCUUUUCCGACGACUCAUCGACGAUGUACGUGGCCCUGAGCACGACAAGACUGACGAUGAUAUGUUUGAUGCCUGCAAAGUGAAUGCCUCAUCAGCCCUUGUCAAGGCUGUCAUUGAUGGCAUACAAAGAAAAUUUGCUAUUAAGGAAGGCAGCAUUUGGCGAAGUGUCGCUGGUGAUGCCCGGCUUGACGCCAUUCAAGAGCUGGAAGCUAAGGCAUCGCCUUGUAUUCCUCUGCGUGCUUGUGUUGGUUUCUUAGGUGAUAAUGCAGCUGAAGCAGUCCAAAACUCAUCAAAUGAGUCACGGAUGGUGAUCUCUGAAGCGAUGAGUUCGUCAGUUGUAGACGAAGAGUUCACGUUUGUCUUUGAUGCAAGCACCAAGCUCACCGUUGAUGGUCCUCAGAGGCAUCUUCUCGGAAAAAGACUUAGUGAUAAAGGUAAGUCAACAGCUUUCAGAAAAUAGCGACAAACUGUUACUUCGGAAGAAGAAGGCGAACAGUACGAAACUCAAUAAGAAUUUGAACAAUUUGGCCAUGUUUAUGCCUUUCUUCCCUUUUC